AUGGAGAGCGACGAGGAGAUCAGGAGGGUGCCGGAGGUCGGGCUGGAGCUGGCCGGCCCGUCGACGUCCGGCAGGGAGGCCACUGCUGCCGCGGUCGCUACUGCCGGGACGUCGUCCGCGUCCCAGGCAGCCAGCGCCGCCCGCCGCCGCGGCCGCAGCCCCGCCGACAAGGAAUAUCGGCGCCUCAAAAGGUUGCUUCGGAACCGGGUGUCGGCGCAGCAGGCACGGGAGAGGAAGAAGGCGUACCUCAGCGAGCUGGAGGUGAGGGUCAAAGACCUGGAGGAGAGGAACUCGGAACUGGAGGAGAGGCUCUCCACGCUGCAGAACGAGAACCAAAUGCUUAGACAGAUACUGAAGAACACCACUGUAAACAGAAGAGGAGGCCCAGGUUUACACAGGAACAAGUUAGAUGCUGCGGACUCUGAUUCCUCGGCAAAUACUAGCUCACCCUCCUGUCUGUUACUACCACAGGCACAGUUUAUGCCUGUUGCAGCUAGUACACAAAAGUUACGAUCGUCGAUCAAGAUGGACGAAGAUAGCCCAGAGAUCGUGCCUGUCAACUCCCCGGCUCUGGACCCGGAGGAACCCGGCCUCGAGCCUGAAUCUUCAGAAAGCGGGGAAGGUGACCGUGACGGCCCACCUGAGGCUCUCAGCGACAAACUGCCCCUCCCGCCGGCCGAGCUCAACCUGUACCGCGUGGCCGUCGCGCUGCGCCUGGUCCUCCUCGCCGCCUUCUUCCGGUACCGCGUCACGCACCCGGCGCGUGGCGCGCCCUGGCUCUGGCUGGCCGCGCUCGUGUCGCGGGAGACGAAGCCGGGGUUCCAGCAUCACACGAAAGCCGGCGCCCUCAACGCCCUGCUCCGGGUGUCCGCUCUGCUGACGAACGGCUCGUACGUGCUCAACCUGGACCACGACCACUGCAUCGCCAACAGCGGCGUCCUGAGGGAGGCAAUGUGCUUCCUCAUGGACCCUGAGGCCGGGAACAGGACGUGCUUCGUCCAGUUCCCGCUGAGGAUCGGCGUCGAGGACGACGGUGGCGAGCGGCAUGCCACUCGCGACUCUGUCUUCUUCGACAUCGACAUGAAGUGCCUGGACGGCAUCCAGGGCCCGGUGUACGUCGUUUCCGGCUGCUGCUUCAACAGGAAGGCGUUGUACGGGUUCGAUCCCGCGUUCUCUGAAGACGACGAUGAGGACGCGCGGUGCACCGGAGCAGGAAGAAGGCGGAGGCUGCGUUCCUACCGCGACGCGUUGGAGCGGCACUUCGGCCAUUCACCGGAGUUCAUCGCGUCAGCAUUCGUGAGCCAAGAGCGCGGCGUCGGCGGCGGCGACUCGUCCACGGCCUCAGAUGCUUCUUCUCUCCUCAGUGAGGCGAUCCACGUCGUCAGCUGCACGUACGAGGAGCGGACUAGGUGGGGCAAAGACAUUGGCUGGAUGUACGGUUCCGGCGGCGGCGGCGUGGUCACGGGGUUUAGGAUGCACGCGUGCGGUUGGGCGUCAGCGUACUGCGCGCCGGCGCGGACCGCGUUCCGGAGUUUCGCGAGUGCCAGCCCCUCCGACGUCCUCGCCGGGGCGUCUCAGCGAGCGGUCGCGGCCAUGGGCGCCGUGCUGAGCCGGCACUGCCCCGUCUGGUCUGCCGCUGGCGGGCGCCUGCGGCUCAUGCAGCGGCUGGGCUACGUGAGCUGCGUCGCCUACCCUCUGGCAUCCCUCCCGCUCACCGUCUACUGCGCGCUCCCGGCGGCCUGCCUCCUCACCAGCAGGUCCAUCUUCCCGGACGACGUGGGCUACUAUAACGCGGUCCUGCUCAUCCUGCUCCUGUCCUCGGUGGUGGCCACGGUCGCGCUGGAGCUUCGCUGGAGCGGCGUGACGCUGCGCGCCUGGUGGCGGGACCAGAAGCUCUGGGUCGUCAUCGGCACGUCGGCUUGCCUCGCGGCCGUGUUCCAGGGCAUCCUCCGCUCGUGCGCCGGGGUCGACGUCGGUUUCUCUUCCACCUCCGCGGGGACGACGGCGACCAGGCGGCGGUCGACCUCGGAUGACGACAAUGAUGGCGCCGGCGGCGAGGAGCCCUCCGACGCGCGGAAGUCCGUGCUGCGGUGGUCGAACCUGCUGAUCCCGCCGGCGAGUCUGCUGCUGGGAAACCUCGCCGGCGUGGUGGUGGCCGUGUCGUACGGGGUGGACCACGGGUACCGCCUGGGGCCCGGUCCUCGUGAAGCUGGCUCUCGCCGGCUGGGUGGUGGCGCACCUCCAGGGCUUCUUCAGGGGCCUCCUUGCGCGGCGGGACAGGCGGGCACCCACCAUCGCCGUGCUAUGGUCGGUGCUCUUCGUGUCCGUGCUCUCGCUGCUCUGGGUCAACGUCGACUCCUACUCAGCGCCGCCGGCGCAGUCCGCGUCGCAGCGGCCGCCGAUCUUGUGAGAAAAUUGAAAAGGAGAUUCUAA